AUGGGGAAUCUGAACUCUGAACUCUCACUUUUCACUUAUCCCUUUCCCGUCUAUCAACAGUUCGGCCGGGCAACAGACAAAGAUCUACUGAGGACAUCUCUGAUACUAGGACAAGGUCUCCUAUUGAGCAAAUAUCAGAACAGUGGCAGCAAGUUCAACAGCGGCUCGUUCGGUCCAAGCAAGCGGUCCGCGAAGGGCAAGAACGACAUUACCAUCAAGGAUGUCGAGAGUCAGGAGAACAUACUCGAGAACGAUGGAAAUCGGGACAAGCUUCAUGACAAGGGCAUUGCCAUGGGAAACAUUCGACGCACAGAUCAGGUUACCAUCGACUACGAGACUGCAUCCGGUCAGGACCAUUCUCAGGACUCUUGGUGA